CACACACAAUUUAUUGUAAUUCAUUGUGUCAGUUAGCGUAUUAAAUGACAUCUGCAUUAUAUAAAAAAAACGCCAUGGCCGUGUUUACAUGUCGUUUGCUGCUCUGCAGAUGCAGGUGGUGGAACAGCUCACGCACUCCGGGAGGCGACUGGAGGUGAACGGUCUGCAGGUCAACGCGGAGCUCACCUGCAUGGACAUCGACCCGCCACGGGAGGGCGCUACAGACUCACUAUCUAAACAAGCUCCUCGGCAAGACCUCCUUGUUCUGGAUACAAACGUUCUGAUCAGUCACCUGGAUUACGUGAAGAAGAUCAAAGCCCACGGCCUUGGAGCCGUGGGCUUCCCCAUCGUGCUGAUCCCCUGGGUGGUCCUGCAGGAGCUGGACUCCCUGAAAAAGAGGCGGGGCACGUCGAGCUCCGUGGCCCGCCUGGCGCCUCCCGCCAUGUCGUACAUAAACGCAUGUCUGAAGAAGCGGGAGCCCAAGCUGUGGGGCCAGUCCAUGCAGCAGGACGUCGCCAUCAGCAGUGAGUGACUCAUUCAGGGACAACAGGGAUGUUCUGUGGUUGUUACACAUUUAUUACAACCGAGAACGGACGCUGACGGUUCACCUUUAAAAACCUCGUCCCCCCGAAUGGGAUGAAAGUGACACAUUAUGGUCAAACUGUGUAAAACAUUACAAUAAACAUAUAUAUUGAUGUUAUAACUCAAA